AGUAAAGAAUGUCAAACCUCGUCUCCAUACACCAUAAAGCUGCCUUUCAAAUUUUUAGAUGAUGUGAUUUCUGCUCUUUUAGCAAAAGUUUUUUCAAAACUAUCCAAUGUCAAAACAAAAAUAUCUCAACAGAAUUUUUUGACACAACUUGACUUCCUUAAAAUGAAGUUAGUUAGUGUGGUUGCAGCAGAGAUUGCCAAAAAUGAAGAUUUGAAUAUACAGUAUGUAGACUUUUUGCAUCCAAAUGAUGAUGAAAUUAUUCAGCUGGUGGUUCAGACAAUUUAUAAUAAUCUUUUGCCACAGUUUGGAUCACAGGAAACCAUACAAAAUUGUGUAGUUAGUGGAUGCAAAUUCCUUUCAAAAACCAUAGUUGAUUUAGUUCUUCGAGAAGUGGCUGGCAAUCAGUUGCAGAACUAUUUUGGCGGUGAGUUGACUCCAUAUCAGUGUGCAGAAGUUGACAAUGUUGUUGAAAAUAUCCUCACCAAUGUUGUCUUAACUACUCCAUCACAGCCACCACGUCCUCGUAAACUAUCAUAUAAUAUAAUAGAAGCAAUUGCUGUAAAAUUCUUAUCAAAACUUUUAUCUGGGUUUCCAAAGGUGCAUACAGAAAGAACUAAAUCUCAAGAAACUGAAAUGCAAAAAAUAACCACAAAAAUAUUAAAGUCAAUCCAAGAAUGUUUUUCCAAAAGUAAGAUCAAAGUUGUACAACCUGCCAAGGAAUCGGAACCUGUGCCUGUAGCUGACAACGCAGCUAUUGACAAAGUAGUUAAUUCCGUUUAUGCCAAUCUUUUAAAACAAUCUGGCUCUCCUACAUCUGUAUUAGAAGAUCUAAUGGGGAAGAGUAAUGUCCUUUCUGACAUAAUAGGUUUGUCAAUGGUGAAGGAGAUUUCCAAUGCUGAAUUUCAACCUCAAGCAGAGGAAGAACUUUCAAGUUCAGAAUUAGCUCUAGAAGCUGUCAAAAUUAUGGAAAAGGUGGUGAAAAUUAUUGAUGAGCUAAAGUCCCAGGAAAAAUCUUCACCCGUAAAAGAUUUAAUGUUAGACUCCAGAGUUUUAGAGGAAGCAUUGGCUUUAUUCUUGGCUAAACUAGUAAAGAAGCCUGGUGUUGCAAGCAAAGACAUGGACAGUUUAACAAAGCCUGAGUUAAAGAAAAUUGCAUCUCAGUUGAUAAAAUCUGUAACAGCUGAAAUUUCCAGAAAUAAUAUAAAUCUCGUGGAAUCUAAUCCUGAAGGACAAUCUUUAGCUUCAGAAAACAUUGAAAUGAUUUCUCAGGUUAUUGAGUCUGUUUACGAUAAUAUAAUAAACCAAUCUGGAACCCAUAAUGAGCCCUAUGAUAUAAAAGGUACAAAGAAGGCCUUCCCUAAGAAAGUGGCUAACUUAAUUGUCGAUGGCAUUUCAAAUGUUCCAUCAUGUAGAGUUAGUGCAACGAGUUCUUAUACUGCAGCUUUUGGAGAGCUAGACACAAAUCGAAUCAUUGAAAAGGCACAAAAGCAUGCUGCACAAAUGAACUCUGACUCCGAUAAAGAGUCGGAUGAUGCAUUAGAAGAUGAACUUCCUGUUAGAAUAAUUCCACAUGUCGGGAAUAAACCACUGAAAAUAGAUCCAAAUAUCAUCUCAGAACACUUAGCAGUUAUUUCUAUGAAGACUCAGCCUCUGGAGACACUUAAGAUGGACUGCAUAAAGAGAACUGGUUGUAGCAUAGCAGAGCUGAGAAGAGCUUCCAUAAGUGGAAAAGGUCACUCUUCCCCAGAUGUGUCUGAACUAGGAGCAAGACAGAAAGAAAGGCGCAUCUCAUUGGAUAGGACAGGACGACUGGAUGUAAAACCCUUAGAGGCUGUUGGCAGGAAUUCAUUUCAAAAUAUAAGAAGACCUGAUAUCACCAGAGUAGAGCUUUUGAAAGAUAUUAAUAACAAAAAAGAUCUGAUCAUUCGAUUAGUAGCUCAUGAUAUUAGUCAAAAAGUUUCAGAAAGUAACUUCAGAGAUGACGCAGUUUCUGAUGAAGAGGAAAUUGUUUUAGGAGAGGUUGCUGGACAUCAGUGCUUAGGAGAAAUAUCUGGAGAUCAUGGUGAAGAAGUUGUGAAACCUUUAGGAACCAAGGUUGUUUCUCCAAAGACAAUAACAAGCACAAGCAGCCUGAGAAAGUUCUUAGCACUAAGUAAAUGCUGUCAGCCCACUCCUGGCGAAAAUAUUGAAAGUAUUGGAUCAUUUGGAAAUCAGGCUAUGAAACUUAACAAGACACAUGUUAAAAGAGCUGUUGCUGAGCUUGAUAUGCCCUCUUCUAAAAGCUUAGCAGAAGGAUUGUCUUCUAAGGACAAGUUGCAGUAUAAGAAAGAAGAAAGACUUGCUGCUGAACCAACACAUUACUUCAUACACAGAAUUAUGAGUACUUCAUCAUACAACCAAGAAGACCUCCUUUCUGGUGAAGCAGAAGAGUUUAAACCAGAUCCAAAGGCUAAUGCACUAGAAGAAGGUUCUCAGAAACCACAAGCAGGAAACUCAAGCAGUGUUCAGUUUGUCACCAUCUUUGAAGGAUCAAAGUGUAUGGCCAGCAGUACACGUGCCUCAAAGGAACACAUUUCAGAAACUUCCAGGAACACUAUUUCCAAGCAAGGAUCUAAAGUGCUGGCAAAGGUAUCUUCAACUCUGUCAAAGGUGUUCUCCCGAUCUAGCGACAGUAUUCCAAAAUCGUCCUCACCACCCCACCAGGAUAAGCACUAGAGCUUCUCCACUUGAUAAAAUUGUGAUUCCCUAUAAAAUAAAAUGAUAUUUAAAGUAGAA